GCUGCAGCCGCUGCCAUGGGCUCCCGGCACUUCCCGGCGCGGACCGUGCUGUUCGAGAGGGAGUCCAGCGGUGUCACCUACCGUGUGCCCGCCCUGCUCUACCUGCCCUGCGGCGCCAAGCUGCUGGCCUUCGCCGAGGAGCGCCUCAGCGCCGACGAUGCCCACGCCAACCUGCUGGUGCUGCGCCGCGGCUCCAUCUACGGCACCUACGUGGAGUGGGAAGACAUGCGUGUGCUGGAGACGGCCACGCUGCAGCACCACCGCUCCAUGAACCCCUGCCCGCUCUACGACGAGUUCACGGGCACCCUCUUCCUCUUCUUCAUCACUGUGCUGGGCAGGACGCCCGAAGCCUACCAGAUUGUCACCGGCCAGAAUGUCACCCGCCUGUGCUGUGUCACCAGCGCCGACCAGGGCCUGAGCUGGAGCACGGCCACAGACCUGACACAGCAGGUCAUCGGGGCCACCAUCAAAGACUGGGCGACGUUCGCGCUGGGCCCCGGGCACGGCAUCCAGCUGCGCUCGGGCCGGCUGCUGGUGCCCGCCUACAGCUACCACAUCGACUGCAAGCAGUGCUUCGGGCAGCUCUGCAAGACCACCCCGCACUCCUUCGCCUUCUACAGCGACGACCACGGCCGCGCCUGGCGCUUCGGCGAGUUCAUCCCCAACCUGCAGUCGGGCGAGUGCCAGCUGGUGUCGGUGGAUGAGGAGGACGGGUCCAACGUGCUCUACUGCAACGCCCGCAGCCCGCUGGGCUUCAGGGUGCAGGCGCUGAGCACGGAUGACGGCGCCGUGUUCCACGGGGGGCAGCUGGUGCAGCGGCUGGUGGAGCCGCCCCACGGCUGUCACGGCAGCGUCGUCGGCUUCCCCGCACCGCUCGUGUAUGUCCCCGCUGCCUCCCGGGACACCGGGGUGCCCUCCCGGGGCUCGGGGUGCCGGCUGCUCCCCGGGGCGCUCCGGGGGUUUGGGCACUCACCCACACAACAGGCAGGAUGUGCUGAGCUGCCCGCUGGCAGCCACCGUGAGCCCCACGAGGACUGUGCCACCCUAGGGCAGCACGGUGAUGCCCACAGUGUCACCUCGGUGCGGGGGCACUCUGCAGCCAGCCCCAGCCCCGCUCCCUUCUUCCAAGCGCCGACGUGGAUCCUGUACUCGCACCCCACCAGCCCCAUGUCGCGGGUGAACAUGGGCGUCCACCUGAGCACCUUCCCCAGGGACGCCGAGAGCUGGACGGAGCCCUGGGUCAUCUACGAGGGCCCGAGCGCCUACUCGGACCUGGCGUGCCUGCAGCUGCCGCAGCGGGACGCGCCCCUGGCCGGCGGCACCGCCACCGCCUUCGCCUGCCUCUACGAGAACGGCGUGAGGAGUCCCUACGAGCAGAUCUCCUUCAGCAUGUUCACGCUGCACGACGUGCUCCAGAACAUCCCCCUGACAGCCGCUGCUCCCCCGCGGGGGAAGAGGAGGAGGAGGAGGAGCUGCUUCAUCUCCUAG